AUGCCGGACGGGACGACGCGGACGCGGACGCUCGGGAACGGGACGACGCGGACGCGGAUCGAUGGAAUGUUCGAGCGGUGCGCGGCGUCGAUUGAAUCGCGACGACGGACGCCGAGCUCGGUCGUGCGCGAUGGCGACGUGAUCGUCGUGCGGUCGGUCGAGGGUGAGACGACGUCGCUGCGGGAGGCGUUCGAGGGCGAGGGGUGGGGGGCGGUCACGGGCGAUGGGGCGCGGUGGCGAUGCGUUCGAAUCGAGACGCGGCGUCGAGGCGGAGCGACGCGCGGGGCGGGGGCGGUGCGCGUGGCGUUUCGUUCGAUCGAUGACGAUGUCUCGCGCGGUGGUGGGAAGUGGGCGAGCGUGCGGGGGGAUCGAAGGAUGAAGGCGAUCGGGUUCGAGAGCGCGGCGGUGACGAAGGAGGCGCACUGGGACGUGACGUCGUGCGCGCCGGACGCGAGCGGGAGAGGGACGCGGGUACGAUUGCGCGCGCGCGCGGCGAGGGGCGUGCAGAUGGAGGUUGUGAUGCGACAUCGCGCGUGCGCCGCCAUCGAGGCGUUCGAGCGGUGGGGGGAGUACGAACGAGCGAUCGAGGGGGGGCUGGCGUAUCACGUCGAGCUCAACGGCGAGUGCGAGACGCUGCUCAACGAGCUCUCGGACGGGUUCAUGAAAGAAUUAACGGCGCUCGAGAGCGAAAUUAUCGAAGCCGGGAAGGUCAAUUUCGGUAAGCGCGUCGUCAGUGACGAAAAGGAGCCGGAUUCGCCCGCGGUGAAUCCGUUCGAGGUGGCGUCACCGGCGCCGGCGCCGCCGCCGGCGGCGCACCUCGAUCCGCUUCCGCUCUUAAAUAAGCGAUCGACGGAGGUAAAUCCGUCCACACCCGCGGGUGCGAUCAGAACUCGACGCAACAAAGUCACUUUCACGGAUGAGUACCCGUCGCCCACGGAUGAGGAGAUUGCCGUCGUUCGGGACGAAUCGUGGCGCUUCGCAUCCACGGGGAAAAAGUCAUCGCGGCCGAUUAAUCCGUUCGGAUCUGAGACCCCGGCGACGGCUGAGAAGACGCCAGAGAUGAGCGACUACUGGGAUUUUGCACCAUCCGACGAUGAGUAUCACGAUGCACAGUCGUCUGGAUCACUCACUCCGCAGUUGAGCGACGGUGCGACAGAGGUGAGACGGUCGAUUACGACAACGACGACGACGCCGACGGAACAGACGGUGAAGGUUUUGUUCGAGGGCAAAUACAAUCGCAUCGAGACGGAAGGUUUUGAGGUCGCCGCUAUUCGUAAGAGCGGUAUCGAUCCUAGAGACGUCGUGUCCACUCCUGGGACGACUUCGGCAAUGCUCAAAUACGUUGGCCAAAUGUAUGUCUCCGAGUUCCGCUCGGAGAUGAACAUCCUCAACGUUCCGUACGUGACGCUGGACGAAGUCAUCGUAGACUUCGUCGAGCUUGCGGCUCGAAAACGCAGAGAAGAGGCGAUCAAAGAUCCACGUCUGAACAUCAAGGAAGCGCUCACGGAACAAUACAUCUUGUCCAUGAAGACGGAUGACUUCCUCGUGCUCCUCCACAACUACGGCGAUGAACCCGGCUACGCCGAGGUAUCGACGCUGAAGCGCGCGUUAGCGAUCGCGAUCACGACGAAAGGUGCUCUCAGUAGCUCGAGCGAAGACGAACGAUACUAG